AUGAGCACGGUGACACGGAGCCUGGUUGCCAUUUCAACCUCGGCUUUUGGCGGACAUUUGAUCCGGUUGUGGAUCAGGACUGGCGUGAAGGCUGCGGUCGGUGGAUCUCUGGAGGGUGUUGGAUCGGCACUUUGGGAGCCUUUGGUUCAUUGCAUCAAAUCCACUUGGGAAGGAGUUUACUAUUUCCUUUGUGUGCUGGUGAUUUUUGAGCUAAGAUCGGAGAUCUGGUCGUUGGUUUCUAUUGUGUGGCGUGUGUUCCGUUGCUUGAUCCAAGUUACUGACCGAAAGGCACAAUUUUUGGACACCCCUGAAAUAGAAGAAGAGCCAUCAACAGGCAUAGAAACAGAGCACUUGUGGCUAACCUGUCAACACCUGUACAUGGAAGGCUUUUUUCUUUCAGAGCGCAGCGGGGAGUGGGACGAGAUUUGGGUGGCCGGUCUAGUACCGGAUUCUGGAGAGCUCAUUGCACGCAGCACCAACGAGGACGGUUCUGACUGGAUCUGGUCGUUGAUUCGUUGUGAAGCGGGCUCAUUGCGCCCACCAGUGGGGGCAGGAGCACAGCGGGCAGCACCUCCGGGUAUUGCUCCAGCAACAGUCAACUGGAUAUGUUCGCCAGAACAUGUGGAUCAGCGUUGGGCUCCAACAGUGGCAGAGGCAGCAGCGUUGAAGCAAGAGGCGGCAGUUUUGGGCUUGCAUGUGAAGAGAAUUGGGGUCCAAGACGGUCAGGUCACAAUCCCAGGAAGGGGCAUGAGCUUGAUUCCAUUCACCGCCGCUCCCAUCGCAGGCGGGGCUUCGGCAGCGGCGCCGCGAGGGGCUGUCGGGGCGCUCGGGCCGGUGCCGGCCCCAGAGGCAGAUGGAGGAGCUUUCAACUUGCAAAGCCUAUCGGAUGUCAUCCAGGAGCUCAAGGACAUGGCCAGGAAGAAAGAAGGUCAGAGCAAAGAGAAGUCCAAGAAGAAGAAACGAUCCAGAAAGAAGUCCAAGGACAAGAAGAAGAAAAAGAAGAGGAAAGACAGUUCCAGCGGCUCGUCCACGAGUCGAUCACGAAGCAGUGCAUCCAGCCGCAGCUCAAGUCAGAGCUCUUCGGGGCCCUUGCUGUGGAAGCCCAAAGGCAAGGACCGCGAGGUCAGUUACAAGAAGGUGCAUGCAGUGGACUCGGAGAAGUUCAAGCGCAAGGGAGAGUUGCUGGCGUACGCAAGCCGCCAUCCGGGGGCCCUGUCAGGACAUUUUCUGGCAUCGAUCUACGCUCGUCUUUCGAAAGGAAAGGUGGAACGCAGCAGUCAGCUGCGGGAGGCCAGUGUGGUCUCAUGGGCCGCUCAACACAGCGGUCUGACAGAAGUGAGAGAUGUGAGGGAGGUCUUGACCCUAGCCGAGGCCAUGGAUGCAGUCAAUCGAAAGGAAAUUGCCAGAGCAAUGGACAUCCUUGCACAGCGCAUCCUGGCAAUCCAGCAGGCGAAGAGGAAAGGAGGGUCUUGGGAAAAAGCCCGCGGGCACACUUGGGUGAAUUCUUCUUAUCCUGAUUUAGUCCGUAAGAAUGUUAAAGCUGGAUUGCAUGUCUUGAAGAAGGAGAAACAGGUAGCUAAGCACAGAGGUAGCCUAUGCCUAGCUGGAGCAUUUGCCGUGCCUAAGGACGAGACAGAGGCGGAGACGAAGGCGGCCUUUUGCGGACCUACUUGGCUCUCGCGGGCGGAGCAGGUUUAUGGCUGGCUUGAUGAUCUACGGGGUCGCAAGGUGCGUGUCACAACCUUGCCGGAUGUCAUUUGGUGUGAGUUGAUGACAGCCGCAUUGUUGUUGCCCUAUGCGCAGUUCAACUUGUCAGCGCCGUUUAGCCAGAGAGUUGAAUGCAGUGAUGCCUCAAUGUCAGGCAUCGGGCGAGCAUGGGCCACCAUGCCAAGCGAUCUAGUGCAGCGAAUGGCUCAGCUCUGUGACCACCCAGGGACAUACACGAAUUUGAAUCUCCCCUUUGGGUUAGCCUUGAACGAAGAAGACAAGUGUCCACUACGUAAGUUGAAACUGCCCCGCAACCUCUUCCAUUGGCACACGGCGGGUGCACGCUGGAGGCCAUUAUACAUUUUUUUGGGAGAAGCUGACGCGGCAGUGUGGGUGGCAGAAUGCAGGCUGAGGCGUGCGUGUGAUGAUGAACAUCGUUUUGUACAUCCACUUGAUAGUGCUUCUUGUGUUGGGGCUUUUAUGAAGGGGCGGUCUUCCAGUCGGCUUUUGAACCAUCGGUGUCAGAAGCUGUGCGCAAUCGGAACGCGACGAGAUGAUGACCUGGUGAGCUGGGUUGAGCGCCUUAGUCAGGAACACGGCCUGCACAUCUACGGGUUGCGCGUUGAUCCAUUGUCUCCUAUGAGUCAACGUGAUCUUGGAUUCACUUGCAAUGACUUACUAGAUGGGCAUAGCAUGUUACACAUUUUACAGCUAGUACAGUCAGGACGUGUUGCAGGCCUCUUUGUUUCACCGCCUUGCUCUACUUUUUCAGCAGUGCGGCACAAACCUUUGCAUAGACAGUCAGGUGCACAAGUCGGGCCACGGCCCCUGAGGGCCCGAUCGAACCCUUGGUCUUGUCUUCCGAAUCGGACUUCAAGAGAAAACCACUCAGUCGACAUUGGCACGGCGUUAGCAUUCAUUUGCAUCGGUAUGUUGGGAGAGGCUAGAAUUUUUGGGGCAUGGGUUGGAGGCGAGCAUCCGGCUGAUCGUGGUUGCGAACCAUACCCAUCAAUUUUUUGCUCAACAGAAAUCCAACAGCUGUGCAGCAUUGUUCGUCUUUGCAUUUAUGUCAUUGAUCAAUGCAUGUUUGGAGCAAAAACAAGGAAGCCGACUGGUUUAGUGUUGCCUUAUGGGAAUGAUGAGUUUGUACGCACGUGUAAUCACACCCAAGGUCACACACAACUGUUUGGUUGGGAUUCGGCGGGGCAAUGUUUUAGAACCACAGCGGCUACAGCAUAUCCCUCCGGACUGAGCCAAGCGCUGGCCAGCUUGUUUGUUACACGUAUUCUUGCUUCGAAGAGUCACGGGUAUGAACAACCAUAUGCACCCAUGCAGGUUCAUUCUGAUUCUUUUGGCAGGGAUCCUUGGUUUAGCCAGCAGCGCACGGCUUGGACUUGGCCGGCACCGAGUCGAAGCUUUCUUGCUGAAGUCAUUGCGCGAUGCCACCAGAGAAAAAUACCAACAAGCAAUUCAGCUCCUCAAUCGUGA